AUGAUGAAUAAGCUAUUGUGCCACAAAACCACCGACAGGGAGGUCCACAAGAGUACAUAUUCCCUAGUUUCAUGCGGAGAACUCACCGCUGACACAUUACAGCUAUGGAAUGGCUUACCAGACGAGAUUAAAAAGGACCCAUCGUUUGACCAGAUACGGCAGAAGUAUGAAGAAUUGGGUGAUUCAGGUGAUAUCAAUAAUGUUCAGAACGGAGAGAAAAGAGCUAAAUUCACAAUUAACAAUGACCCCAUACUGGUCCCCAACAAUGAACAUGAAGGAUUUCUUAUUCAAGAUCACGAAAAUACUGAAGUGCUAUGUGCUUCACCACAGGACAGGAAAAAACACGACCAGGCAAAAAUAACCCGCUACUAUAUAAAAAUGUCACUCCUUCUUGGCUGUUGGGUAUUUUUUACUGGAGUAUUCUUAACGCAUAAUGAAAAGGAAGAGAUAUAUAAAACCACCGCUGUUCUACCCGGAGAUAUCAAUAAUUAUACACUCAACACAUUAAAUGCGGAAGCGAUAUCAAUUAAGAUAAAUGGACCAUUUCUAUCGGCUCGCGAUGAACGAAAUCUAAACUCCAGUGAAUAUGAUUCUGCUGAUAAAAUGCUGGUCUGGCUUGAAGGAGAUGAGAUUUCACAGCCCUGGUACAUAACACUCUCAGAUAAUUUAAACUAUAAUACAGGAGAAAUGCGAUAUCAUAUAUUCCAGCUUAAUAAAACAAGCUAUAUAUUAAAACUCAGAACAACGGCAUCUAGCGUGACUGCCUUUAAACUAAGUUUUGAUUUGAAUCCACUAGAUGGCAGCACCGGCGUUAUUUACGCUAUUAUUCUACUUUUUGUACUGUAUGUACUAAUUAUUUUUGAGAUUAUUAACAGAACAAUGGCAGCGUUAUUAGUAUCGACAACAUCACUGGCUGCUUUAGCCCUAGUUGGACAAAGACCGAGUCUGCCAGAGCUGAUCUCAUGGCUGGACGUAGAAACAUUGCUUCUGCUCUUCAGCAUGAUGAUAUUAGUAGCUAUCAUGGCGGAAACUGGCAUUUUUGAUUUCUUGGCUGUGUUUACUUUUGAAGUGACGAAAGGAAAACUGUGGCCUUUGAUUUUCCUUCUAUGCAUAAUAACAGCUGUCUUGUCUACUUUUUUGGACAAUGUUACUACGGUGCUUCUAAUGUCGCCUGUUACUAUAAGAUUAUGCGAAGUAAUGGACCUGGAUCCAGUACCAAUAUUAAUGUUCAUGGCGAUAUACAGUAAUAUAGGUGGUACUGCCACCCCGGUAGGAGAUCCACCCAAUGUCAUUGUUGCUUCUAAUAAAGCUGUCAUCAAUGCUGGUAUAUACUUCACUAACUUCACAGCACACAUGUCAGUUGGUGUAGUGUUUAUAGUGCUUCAGACUACACUCCAGAUAAAAUAUAUGUAUAGGGAUGUGAACAAGCUUCGCCUUAGGGUGCCUAGGGAAAUACAAGAAUUACACCAUCAAAUAUCGAUAUGGCGUCGGGCGGCGGAUUCCCUUCCGCAUUUGAGUAAUGGCGUCGCCGUGGUUAGAGAGGGAUUAGAGAGAAAGAUAGUCAAACUAAACAAACAGUUGAAGAACAUGGUAAAAGAGAGGAAUAAACGAGCCUGCCCCAAAGAUACCUUUAGAAGCACUUUGGUCGAGUUAAAAGAAAAGUACAAAAUCCGCGACAAAGGUCUUCUAAUAAAAUCAUCAGUGGCUAUUAUUUUUGUGGUGACAGUAUUCUUUUUACACUCAAUACCAGAGCUUAAUAGGGUAUCACUCGCAAUGACAGCUCUUCUGGGCGCCAUUUUGCUCUUAUUAUUAGCUGAUCGGAUGGACAUUGAACCCAUAUUACACCGAGUUGAAUGGUCUACUCUACUUUUCUUUGCUGCUCUAUUCGUACUUAUGGAGGCGUUAUCAAAACUUGGCUUAAUCCUAUACAUCGGAGGUCUAAUGGAACAAGUUAUAUUAAAAGUGGACGAAUCUUCAAGAUUGGCCGUCGCUCUCAUGUUGAUUAUAUGGGUAUCCGGCACUAUAUCGGCCUUCGUUGACAAUAUACCACUUACAACAAUGAUGGUGCGAGUAGUGGUAUCCAUUGGUACCAAUCCCAAGUUGAACCUGCCGAUGGCACCACUCAUUUGGGCUUUGUUGUAUGGCGCAUGUUUGGGAGGCAACGGUACACUAAUCGGUGCAAGCGCAAACGUGGUGUGCGCAGGAGUAGCAGAACAGCACGGAUAUAAAUUUACAUUCACAAAGUUCUUCAAAGUAGGCUUUCCUAUUAUGAUCGGCCAUCUUGUUGUUUGCUCUGUGUACCUUUUGAUUUGUCAUUGUGUCUUUGAAUGGCAUUAG